UCCUAAUACCCUUUUCAAAACCUUUUUCUCUCUUUGCUUCUCGUCUUUCUUGGAGUUGAAGGGGCGCCAAAAGCUUCGUUGCUUCUGAAAAAACAUGCCAGAUAAUGAAGAACCGAUGAUCAUAGCUGGAUCAAUUUCUGAAUUACCAUUUAAUAAAUAUAAGCGUUGGCAAUGGUGGUUUCUGGUGGCACUCAGCAUGUUCUUUCUUAUUGUGGGUCAAUCUGCUGCAGUUAUCCUUGGAAGAUUUUAUUAUGAUCAGGGUGGAAAUAGUAAAUGGAUGGCUACUUUAGUCCAAACUGUUGCCUUCCCAGUCUUAUACAUUCCAUUCUUUAUAAUUCCUUCACCUUCAGAGGCUCCAACUUCUUCUGUUUCACCUUCCAUCAAAAUUCUAGCUUUGAUAUAUUUUGUUUUGGGAGUCUUAAUUGCUGCUGACAAUAUGAUGUAUUCCAUUGGACUCUUAUACCUCUCUGCUUCAACCUAUUCACUGAUUUGUGCAUCUCAGUUAGCUUUUAAUGCAGUUUUCUCAUAUUUUAUCAAUUCUCAAAAGUUCACCAUUUUGAUUGUAAAUUCUGCUGUGGUUCUCUCUUUAUCCGCUUCACUCCUUGCUGUUAAUGAAGACAAAGAAAGACCAUCUGAUGUCUCCAAGGGAAAGUACAUUAUUGGUUUCCUUUGUACCCUUGGAGCUUCUGCAAUUUACUCUCUUUUGCUUUCUCUCAUGCAACUGUCCUUUGAGAAGGUUCUGAAAAGGGAAACAUUUUCUGUCGUUUUGGAAAUGCAAAUCUAUACGUCACUUGUUGCCACUUGUGCUUCCACCAUAGGUCUAUUCGCAAGUGGGGAAUGGAGUACUUUGCAUGGAGAAAUGGAGGGUUUUCACACGGGAGGAGUUGCUUAUGUUUUGACUUUGGUUUGGACAGCAGUAGCAUGGCAGGUUUGUUCUGUUGGCGUUGUUGGCUUGAUUUUCCUAGUGUCCUCUCUCUACUCUAAUGUUAUCAGCACUGUCUCUUUGGCUGUAACUCCUAUUGCUUCUGUUAUAGUUUUUCAUGAUAAUAUGAAUGGCGUGAAGAUAAUUUCUAUGCUUUUGGCUCUCUGGGGUUUUGCCUCCUAUAUCUAUCAGAAUUACCUUGAUGAUUCAAGGGCAAGGAGUGCACAAGCUGUUGCUCCUAAGUCUAACAAUGAUUCUUCAUGUUGAGAAUUUUCAAUUCGGCAACAUCAAAUAAACACCUUCAGUCAACUACCCUUUUCUUUUUGGCUUUAAAUCCUUCAGUGGAGCAUCAACUAGCUCUAGAUUUUAUUUCUCCUUCAGUCUUGCUGAACUAGUGAGCUGUUAUGGUUGAGAUUGGUGGCCAUUCUGGAUAUGUAUCAGUAUAUCAUUAUGAAAAGAUUGUUUGUGUCUCAGACCGGCUGAAAGUCUAUGCUCUUUUGAUUCCAAAUAUUUGUUCUCUGGCUUUUGUGAUAAAUUGAAUAAUCUCUGGGUGUUAUUGGAA